ACCCCAAUGGAACAACAGUACAUUGUCCUUCAAGUUCCUGGCCCGAAUACCCGAGUACGUACGCCCCUGCUCCAUACAGUCCACAAACAACUUAUUAUGACCCGCAUCAGGAUUCAACGCAUGGCACACCCAUACACUUACCGACAGUGCUUCCAGAUUCCAGUACGAGCGAAUUCCACACAACUUCACUGAUGUCACCUCCACCUCCCACAAGUAUGUUGAACAGUACCAAACAAGAGUUGGACAUGAUCAGUCCGCGGUACCAGGACAACAGCGCCUACUAUCCUAACAACUGGAGCACAAAUCCAACCUACAACAAUAACUACUACUAUAACCCGCCGUACAACCAACAACAAUACCAUCCCCCGCCGGUGGUGGUUUGCCCCUCUUUGUAUUCCACGGUGAACCAGAGCCAAAUCCAUUUCCACCUCCAUGCUUCGACAGAGAAGAGUGAUCAAUUCAAAAGUGACCAGUUCUUGAAGACUGAGCAAUACUUGAAGAGUGAUCAGUAUUUAACAGACAGUUUACCUCUAACUUCACCCCAGAGGGUGGAUGUCAUUCAGAAUCCAACAAGUGAAGUGGUGCAUACGGAUCCUUUGAGGAUUGAUGACUCUGAGAGAGUGGCACAAUCACAAAAUGAUGUGUGGAGGCCAUACUGAUAUCAGUUUUAGCUUUAUUUAUUCUUUAUUUGUUUCACAACUGAAAUGAGACGGGUUUGAGUUUCAUUUGUUUUUGUUCCCAAAUAUUGAGUAAGUGACACAAGUUUCACAGUUUUGAGUAACUAUUGAAACUAUUGUAGAAGUUUCGUACGAAUGUUCAUGGUAUACAUUACACCUGAUCACACGUUUUCAUACUGUCAAACAGAAAAAAUAGAGUAAAUAAUAAACUCUAUUUCUUUUCAAUAUUGUUAUAUCACACAGCAUCAUAAUUAACAUCCAGAUUUAUAAUCUCGAACCGUUCCACUCAAAUGGAAUUUUUCACGGUGAGUUUAUUAAUAUUACGAAAAAAAUCUAUAAAACUUAACGAAAUCAUAAUUAAUCUGAUACAGAACGUUGAAUGGAACAAGUACUUGAUGUAACUCCGUAUCAAAACAAAAUAAUAUUACAGCCUUUUCAGCACAGUGUUUGUGAAAAUAUUACAGUGAACUGUGAGUUUUAAAGUACAAAAAAUCAGAAAAUAGAAAGUGGAUCUUUUGAUCUUUAGAGGUUUGUUUGUAUAUCAACUAUUCGAACGAAACCAAGACACAAAGUGGUGUUUGUGAUCCAAUGUCAGAGAAGCGCUGCUGUAAAUCCAAUCAGAGGUGCUGCACUGGUUCACAAAUGAAACAUUUGAAGUAAACUGUUCUUUGGAAAUCACCCCAAGGUAAUAAGUAUGCAUGGCGAUUUCCGUUAGAGAGGCGCCCAUCUUGGCAAUUGAUGGAAAACAGACUAUUGAGAAACAUUUCAUAUAAGCACGUAAAUGGAAAUAUUACUGGAUUUUUUUCCCAACAUCAAACCAUUAUUUUAACACCUUGACACGUAUUUCGAUCACCAAGUGAUC